CUCCAUCAUCAUCAUCAUCAUCAUCAUCAUCGUCCCCCAAAAAGCCCCCAUCUGUUCAUCCCAUGCCUGCCUUCCAAGACAGCCAAAGCACAAACUUCUCUCUCUCUCUCUCUCUCCCUCUCCCGUGUGAACAGAGUCAGGCCCAGACACUGUGAUUGAGCGAACAAGCAAAGCUAAAAGCUUUCGUCGGAGAGAGUCCAAUCCUCCUGGCCGGAAUUCGCAUGAACCGACCGGGACGGCGAUGCCCGACAUCAAUAACGGGUCGACCAACUCCAAGCCCCCUCAAAUCUCCGAGAUGUUCCAGAAGUUCGCCCUCGCCUUCAAGGCCAAGACCUUCGAGCUCUUCGCCGACGAGGGCGGCGGCGUCGGGGAACUCGACCUUGACGGCCUCUCCCUCCUCGACUCGGCCGACGAGGUCAUCACCGGCCAGCGCGUCGUCGUCAUCAAGCCCGAUAACCUCGCCAAUUCCUCCCUCGAUUCUCCUCAGUCGACGUUGUCGGCCCCACAAGUCUCUGACACCCUCGAGACCCAGUUGAGAUUGAAAGAGGGGGAGGCAACAACUGAGGCCCCAGUAAAGAAACGGGAGCAGAGUCGCGAUGUCUCCCCAGUGACGCUGUUACAGGCGGCACCCUUAAGGAGAGCCAAAACAGUUAGCGAAUUGGAGCUUCGAGCUCUCAGUACCCAGAUGUCGCAAAUCCUGAUCACUUCUGUAUUCGCUACUGUCUCUUCAUUUGAGGCUUCAUACUUGCAACUGCAGACUGCUCAUGUUCCCUUUGACGAGGAAGGCAUAAAAUCUGCUGAUAAAGCUCUGGUUCUUAGCCUUCAAAGACUAUCCGCUAUCAAGCAGUUUUUUAGGGAGUUCUGCAAAAAUCCUGAGCUGGGUUUGGAUUUGCCUCUCGGGUCUUGCUUGGAAGCUCAGGUUCAGGAGAACCAGAACAAGCUCAGGACGCUUGGGAUGGUUUCUAACAGAUUGCAGUUAGAGAUAGACCAGAAGGACAAUGAAGUCCAAACCUUGAGAAAGAAGUUAGGAGAUAUUCAGAAGAACAACUUGAAGCUUUCAAAGAGGUUAUCAGACAGACUCAGCACCUCUUGCGAGAUCUCGUUAACUGUUAGAGUCUUUGAUUCUGUCUUACAUGAUGCUUGUAGAGCAAUAAACAGGUUCACUAAAAUCUUGACCAGUUUGAUGAGAAGAGCUGGGUGGGACUUGAAUUUGGCUUCAAACUCAGUCUACUGUGAUGUCAUCUAUGCAGAAAAGGAGCAUAACCGUUACGCAUUUCUAUCCUAUGUUUGUCUAGUACUGUUUCGAGGUUUCGAUUCAGAAAGCUUCGGUAUGGACGAGAAUGCAGUUUUCUGUAAUGGGCAUGAUUCAGAUUCAGGAAAGAGCAAUGGCUCCUUGAAGGGAUUACUUGAGCAUAUUUCAAGCAACCCAAUGGAGGUUUUGAGUAUGGAGCCCAACUGUGCUUUUGCGAGGUUCUGUGAGAAGAAAUAUCAAGAGCUCAUUCACCCAUCUAUGGAAUCCUCGAUUUUCAGAGACUUAGACGGGAAUGAGGCUGUCUUGAGCUCAUGGAGGUCUCUGACUGUGUUCUACAAGUCAUUCGUUAUGAUGGCGAGUUCUGUUUGGACUUUACACAAGUUGGGGUUUUCAUUUGAUCCUGUAGUUGAAAUUUUCCAGGUGGAGAGAGGGGUAGAGUAUUCGAUGGUUUACAUGGAAGAUGUAUUGAAGAGAAGUGUUGAGCUUGGUAGAGUUAAGCCGAGAGUGGGAUUCACCGUGGUUCCAGGUUUUAAGAUUGGGAGCACAAUCGUGCAGUCUAAGGUAUAUCUAUUGGGAUUAAAUUGUGGAAGUUAGUGAUCUCAAGCUUCUCUUCGGCAGCAAAGUAAGAAGUUUUCAGUAUAUCAGAGUUCAUGAUCGAUCUUAGGUGGCACCUGAUAUCAUUUCUAAUGCUCUGAAACACGUCUGUUGGCGAUGCCCCAAUUUGUAGUAGUGAUCCAAGAGCUCGUUCCAACUUCCCAGGCCAGCUGUUUUGGUUCUGUUAUUUCGUUGGAAGCCCUAACACAAAGGAGAAGCCUCAUUUGGUUGCACAAUCGUAAAAAAGGAGAAUAAGCUGCUGUCAUGUCCAGCAAUUCCCAUUCCCAAACUGGCUUCUCCAGGCAAGGUCAUCUAGAAAUGCCUCAGCAGUUCAUGAACCAAGUUUCUCGGUCCGAAGUUACAUUCAUAAAGAAAUAUAUGCAGUCUUAGAGAGGAAAAAGAUGAAGAAGCUGCUUAAUGAGCAGUUGUGAUUAUGUGGUAGCGUUCUGUAGCUCCGGGAUGAUAGUACAAUAGGAAGUUUCUUCUCUUCUAGGUUGUCUUCUGCUCGAUGAUUUUCUUCAUGAUUAAGACGUAGAGCCCUCAACUGUAUAGAUAAUGACUUAUGUUUCUAGCUUCACACCCCAAUAUGCAGCCACGUCCUGUAUCUAAAUCGGUCGCUUUGAGUCUCUUUCAACAGCAAUAAACAUCUCUAGCCUAGCACGUGACCAGCAAUACGGAAUUGAUUUGUUCGAUGGAGGUUUGUGUUCUCUGGUUUGUAUAAACAUCUCAGUGUUUUGGAUGUUUUGUUGUUCUUUUGCUCUUUUUGUUCCAUACUGUAAAGAGAUGAACUUUAGAUGUAUGAAUUCAAUUGUCAAACAUCUGUUAUAUUAAUUUUUGAUAUUCCCUUAUUUAUUU